AUGCGCCUUCUCACCGCACUAUUCUGCCUCGUGGCUGCGGCCAGCGCCGAUAAGUUGGGGUACAAUUAUCAGCCAGUCGGUCAUUCGGGCUCCGGUCUUUCAUUUUUGCCUGGAGGAGCAGCAUCCAAUCCAGCACCGGCUAUAUCUGAGCCUGCAGAGCCGUCCAGAUACCAACCAGGCAACACCGCUGAGGCGUCCAGAUACCAACCAUCCGCCCCUAUCGCUGCACCCAGCGCUGCUGAGCCCGAAUAUGCUGCACAACCCGAACUUCAAAAGGAAUUCUUCACAUAUACCGCUGAUGAAAGCGCUUUCGAUGAGCCCGAUGCAGCCCAACAAUCCGUCAGCGAUUUGAAGAAGAGUCUGCGCGUCAUCUUCAUCAAGGGUCCGGCUUCGAGUGGCUUGGAACAGGGUGCCCUACAACUGGCCAAGCAGGCUUCCCAACAGGAAACCGCCAUCUACGUGCUGAGCAAACAGGCCGACAUCGGAGAUCUGGCCAACAAGCUGAACAGCAUUAACGACAACAAGAGCAACAAACCGGAGGUGCACUUCGUCAAAUACCGCACUCCUGAGGAUGCCGCCAAUGCCCAACGUGCCAUUCAGGGACAAUACGAUCAGUUGGGCGGCGCCUCAUCACAUCACGAUGGUGGCGUUGCUCCCUCCCUCAACUUUGCGUCUAGUGCCCCCGCUCCUAUAGCUGCCCCUGCUCCCAACAGCUCCUAUUUGCCCGCCUCCGUGCUGCGAUUGUUCCGUCUAUAA